CUCCGCCUGCGCCUACGUCAUCAGCGCGCGCCGAAUUCAACAUGGCGAGUGUUGUUUAGUUGUUAUUGAUCUGCGGUUCCGAAUAAACCCACAAUCAUUGAAUCCGGCAGCCUUCUCUCAUCUUUGUCCACCAUGAGCGAUGAGAAGCAAACAGAGGGUCGUAAUUUCUUCAUGGGUUAUGAUGAUCUGAGCGACAGCAGCAGUGACUCGGACAGCCGUGAGUCCGGUGUGAAGAGCCGAAGCGAACCGGAGCCCUCCGGAUCUUCUGAAGCACAGAGCCGCAAACGAGCCGCCGCCGAGCCGCUGCCCAAACCCGACGAUCUGUUCCGAUCCGUCAGCAAACCCACGUUCCUCUACAACCCGCUGAAUAAAGUCAUCGACUGGGACAGAAGAGCCGUCAAAGCGCCAGAAGAGCCUCCGAAAGAGUUUAAGGUGUGGAAGAACAACGCCGUUCCUCCCCCACAGACGUAUGUGACGGAGGAGAAGAAGAAAGGAGCUCCUGAUGGGAUGGACAUGGCCAUCAAAUGGUCCAAUGUAUACGAGGACAACGGAGAUGACGCCCCUAAAGCCCACAGUGGCCCCGCCCACUUCCUGCCAGAGGAGGAGGAGCAACAGCGGCCGGACUCCGAUGACGAUGAUUUGGAGAAGCAGCAGAGGUCCGGUAAGAAGCGUCGCGUGGAAACGUUCCAGCAGAAGGAAAAGAGAAAGCGGGACAUCGGACAGGCCACGUCAGAUAAGAGCUUUGUGGAAGAGGAGAAGCGAAUCCUGCGUCAGUGUAUCGAGUGACGCAUCCAUUAAAAUUUAACCCGCUCCGUUUGUUUUAAUCCCUCAAUCUUUAGUCUGGGACAUUUUAAAUUAUUAUUCCAGCAUCACGUCCGUGUAAAGAGGGUUUGUUUAAGACAUUUCCCUGCAGGUUGCUUUAAUGAUGUGUUUGUGUUUUGGACGUCAUUGUAAGUAUAAUUUCAACUGUAAAUUUGUAGCUUGUAAGGAACAUUUUCCACUGGUUAUUUGGUUUCCUGUAUAUUUCCGAUAAUUUGUAGCUUCUUAAAUGGAUAAAGUCCUUCUCUCUGAGUCUCUGUGUUUGUAUCUCUGAUAUGUGUAAGUGUGUGUUUGUACUGAUGUUUUACUGUCACUAGGUGGCGACACUGAAUAAGAUUUGAUCCAAAGUGGCUUCGAAAGCUCAUUGAAAACCUAGAAUUAAAACUGCAUUUAGAAUGGAAUUUAAUGCUAUUAGGUUAUGCUCUCAAAUAUUUACUUUCCCAAAACUAUAUACCUGGUAAAAGUGUUUGUUUUUGUUUUUGUUUUGUUUUAUUUUUUUUAAGUGAUAUGUGACCCUGGAGCACAAAAGCAGUCAUAAGCAGCACAGCUAUAUUUGUAGCAACAGCCAACAAUACAUUGUACGGGUCAAAUUGAUAGAUUUUUCUUUUAUGCCAAAAAUCAUUAGGAUAUUAAGUAAACAUCAUGUUCCAUGAAGAUAUUUUGUAAGUUUCCUACCGUAAAUAUAUCAAUACUUAAUUGUUUUGAUUAUUAAUAUGCAUUGCUAAGAACUUCAUUUGGACAACUUUAAAGGAGAUUUUCUCAAUAUUUUGAUUUUUUUGCACCCUCAGAUUCCAGAUUUUCAAAUAGUUGUAUCUCAACCAAAUAUUGUCUGAUCCUAACAAACCAUACAUCAAUAGAAAGCUUAUUUAUUAUGUAUAAUGCAUAAUUAUGUACUAUUUAUUAUGUAUAAAUCUCAAUGUCACAAAAUUGACCCUUAUGUCUGGUUUUGUGGUCCAGGGUCACAUAUACCAUAGGAAUAUGAUGGUAAAUCUGUGGUAUUUUUUGAUAAAUAUAAUGGUGUAUGAUCAUUUAGAACAUGCAUUACCAUAGUAAAUAAAGCCAUAGUACUAUUUAA